AUCGAAUGUAUACAGUCCGCUUACAUCACACAUGUAUAUCUAACGUCUUGUCCGCCUCCUAUAAAAGUCGUAUUCUUUACUUCGAAAGACAUCAUUUGCAAUCCAGCAACUGUAGCAUUCAAAUCACAAAAUGGCAUUCAAGUUCCUCGCUUUCGUUGCCCUCGUAGCAACCGCACGUGCAGGUUUCAUCGGAGCACCAGUCGCCAAAGUGGCGUACGCCGCUCAACCAGUCGCCUACUCGGCUCCCGCUCAUUAUGCCGCAGCUCCAGUUGCAUACACGGCUCCGGCUCAUUACGCCGCAGCUCCUCUCGCCUACGCUGCGCCAGUUGCCAAAGUUGUGAAAACCGUCGACACCGAAUACGAUCCCAAUCCUCAAUACAGCUACGCCUAUGAUGUUCAGGAUUCUCUCACAGGCGACUCCAAAUCCCAACACGAAACUCGUGACGGAGAUGUUGUUCAUGGAAGCUACUCCCUCGUCGAGGCUGACGGCACCAAGAGAAUUGUCGAAUACACCGCUGACGAUGUCAAUGGAUUUAACGCCGUUGUACACAAAGAGCCUGCUCAUGUAGCCGCUCAUGUUGCUGCUCCAGUUGCCUACGCCGCUCCAGCUGUCGCUGCACCAGCACACAUCGCCUACAGCGCACCAGUGGCACACACCAAAGUUGUCGCUCCUCUCUCCUACGCCGGCAACGCUUACUACCAUUGAUUUACCUCAAAUACGAACUAUUUAUUGCAAAUUAUCGAGUCUCAUUAAAUGAUUUUUAUUUUAAAAAGAAAA